AUGGACAUUCCAGAUGCUGAGAAUGAUGCUUAUGAGCUAGAUGCUGCUCUCUUGAACGAAUUCGGGAAUAUUUCUGCCGAAGAGAGACGCAUUCUUGAUCAACCUAUUCAAGAAUGUACGAAUGAUGAAGAAGAAGAAGUGAUUGUUCAAGAGCCUGAACAAGCCCUUGAGACAAAUGUAGAAGAAGUUCUUGUGGAAGAUAGAGAAGAAGAAGAAAUAGCAGAAGAAGAGCGAGAUGAAGCUGCUAAGAAAGCCGAAAUGAAUCAACCAGAGCAAUCCUUGCAGAUUCACACAAAUUUUGAGCCAAUUCAGAGUAUGGCAGCAGAGUCUGGAGGGAAUUCAUCAAAUGAAGGAACCUCUGUUGGUGGCAACAAGAUGUUAACAUUUAUGUCUUCAGUGCUCUCAUCUCUUCAGAAGAGCAUGAUAAAGUCCUUGAAUAAUCAGGAAGAAGAAAGAAAGGACUUUGCUGAAAUUCUCAAAGUUCUCAAAGAGUUGGACAACACCUUGAAGAAGAACACGCAAAUCAAUGAUGAACGCCACAAGGAGACCAUAGAAGAAUUCAGUCUGGUGAAGAAUCAGAUGGUGGAAAUUCUGGGUUGCUUGAGUAGAAAUGACAAUGAACGACAAGAAUUUGCUGACUCCAUUGCAAGGAAGUUUCAAGCAAAGGAGGACGCGGAGGACAAUGCUGAAUGUGCUCAACCUCGACCCGCUCAAGGUGAGUCAAGUAGAAGAAAUGACGGCGUGUCAACCGACACUAAAUCCAGGCGAGCUCCAAGCACCGAUGAUAAUCCCAGGCCAACUAAGAGAGGUGGAGGUCGAAGUGGUAAUGAUUGUGGAGGUCGAAGUGGUGGUGGUCGUGGUAGGCUAGUCAAUGUUGAUCAAGGUGGACGUGCCAAUGGUGGUGAACGCGGUGGAAGAUCAAGUGGAGGCAGUCGUGGUGGUCGCGGUUAUCCUCCUUAUCUCAACAUGCUUCCCGGGAAACGAGAGUUUCUCCGUUGUACUCUGAUCACCUUUUAUAUUGAAGUGUAG